AUGGUCAUCGACCACAACGCCCCUGCUACCAAACAGUUCAUGGAGCAGAGGGCUACAUAUCAAACCGCUGAGUACAAGGCGGUACAGAGUGCUUUUUUCGGGCCGCCUCGCAUCAAGAGAGCAGCCCCGACGCCGGCACAAAGCGGUUUGACCACACCGCAGGAGGGCACCACCAUGGAAGAUGAGGUCAUGGAGGAGGCGCGGGAGUUCGCAGAACCGGUUCGCAAGCAACUGUCCUGGAUGUCGGCAGAAAAUAGGUUGAGCCAAAAGCACGCGUGCGGAUUGCAGCUGCUCACAACUGGGUGGCCGAAUGCUAUGACGCCAGCGGACCGAGUGUACAUGAUUUCUUGGAUGGUUUCGCAGGUCCCUGCUUUGGUGACGUUCCUCAAGCAGCGUGGGUAUGUCUCAGACCACAACGCCGCGGAGCUGGAACGGCACAUGAACGUCUUCUCCCAGGAGCCCACCACGGUGCCGCAGAGUGAGGGCUUCUACUCGACCAUGACGCUUUUGACUUUCAAAAGCUGGGAUUGUAGAUCUUCUUUUUUAAACCACUACGGUGGAAGCUCCGGAGUGCCCGUCUAUAAGGACGAGGCCACUCCAAUUCACAACAAGCAUGUCAAGGUUGCCCCGUGUAGCCCCCAGUGGCAAAGAAAGCUCGAAGCUCCUUUGAGAGUAAUUUUGGGAUGUGUGAACAAGCAUCCCGACCAUAACGCCACCUCCCGUCUCACGAUUCUGUGGAAAACGCUCACUUUAAUGGCGCCACAGCAGGAUGGUGAGUUUCAUGAAGACGCAAAGGCUUGGGCCCGUCUUCACUACGGCCAGGAAGGCGGCAGGUUUGUAGGUCGUUUGGAGGUGGUGCAGGAGCUUUUUUCGAUCAUGCAAGGGCAACCUACGGAGGUCGAUGCACAGACCACAUCGCUUUGGGACGAACAAUGGUUCCAAACGCUGUGGGGAAAUCACUUGGAGCUCGACCAAGCCGAUGCCGCUGCGUUUGCCGCAGCUAAACACACCGCCGCCUCUUCUGGGAAGGGCCUCCAGAAGGGGAAGGGUAAAAGGCAUUGGUCGAGUGUAGCGGUUCAUUCGGAUUCGUAUGAGCCGUUCCCUUUUGAUUUAAAUGUGCUGGUGGUGGAGGCUGUAUAUUUUUCUUGGGAUGAGUAUUGCGAUAAGUUCCGAAAGGAGGAUCGCAAGAUCGGCGACUACUCGGUUGCCACGGUAGUUGGCCGGCCUCCUGUGGGAGUGGGAGAUGAUCUCCGCUCAGACCACACCGCCUCGGCACAAUCUUCCACAGCUGCUCCUAAAGCGCCCGCUGUUGCAGCCAAAGGCGGCAAGGAAGGAAAGGGAGCUAGCUGA